CGCUCUGUAUCCCGUCACCUGCGCGCGCGCUCCUCAGCUUUUGGCGGGUAUUAGUGAGGGAGCUAAUCAGGGUGUGAGAAGAUAAACUAACUAAAUUACCGUAAAUACCGAAUAAAAGUCGUGUUAAUACUCAAGUGAGUGAUAAAUAUUAGUAAAGAUGGAGUCGGGUACAUCUACAGACCCAGAAGAGGUGAUUUUAACUGACCCGGAGAGUGAAGAGGUUGAUGAAAGGUUUUACAUAAACAGGUUGAUGCUGGGUACUACAGAACCAUUUUCAUCACCUUCUCUUCUUAAUAACCCACUAUGUGACAAUGGAAUUUCUCCGCAGAUUGCUCGUUUACCACAGAGAGGUUUAAGAAGACCGGUUGAAAACAGUCAGAUCAUCGACAGCGUAAUGAUUCACACUGAAAGUCAGAACAAUACCAUUAGCAAGAAUGAAAAGAAUUUGAACACAGAGGAAUCACAAGAUACAGUAGGACCUGCAAAGGAGGGCAAGACUCCUCAAUGCCAGUUAAUCCACAUGAAGGCUGAUAAUGUUUACAAAGCAAAAGUGGUGUCAACAACAGACUUGACUCCCAAACCUUUGCCCCUGUUUAGCCUGUCACAUCAUAUGUGCACUGAAGAGUAUGCAGGAGGACUCAGACGAUCACCUAGAAUUAAUAGCAAAACUUAUGGUCAGAUAAGUGAAAUAAAACCUCAAGGACAGCCACCUCCAAAGGACAAAGACGGCAACUCUAAAAGCAGGAAUUCAUCAUCUCAAGGAGGUGGUACUGUUAAAGCCGUGGAUGUAUCACAUCCAUCCACACGAGGUCAGCAGAGACCAGCAGCAGGAGUGGUAAACCAAAAGACAGAGAAAGUGUUAAGUCUACCCAACAUCCAGAAACGAAACCAGUUUGGAGAGACACUUCUCCACCGUACCGUAAUGAAGGGAGACGUUCAGUCUGUGAGAGAUAUGGUUAAAGUCGGUGUCUCUGUAAAUGUGGUGGAUAAUGCAGGUUGGACUCCUCUUCAUGAGGCUGUGCUUAAAAAUGAUUACACCAUGGCAGAGACGCUAAUUCAGGCUGGAGCACUAGUGAACUCAGUAGGACAUGGGGGAAUCACACCUUUACAUGAUGCAGUGGGACUUUCAAACAUUGAGAUUGUACGUCUGCUUCUGAAAAAUGGUGCUAAUCCACUGAUGAAGACUGAGAUAGGAGACAGUGCUAUAGACAUCAGUGAAGACAAGGCAACUGAGACACUGCUAAGAAAAUAUACAGCUAGCAGUUCCUUAGUUCCAAGUGUGUCCAGCACCACUUCAUGUGUAAAAAGUGAAAAGCCAGGAACCGAGGCUUGUACAAGUACAAGACAAUUAUUUGCCACUGAAAUUGAGGCUUGUGUUGGUCCAGACUCAGCAGAUGCAGCACAUGUACACAACUCUCCAAAAGUGAAGCCCUCAGGUCAGACUACACCCCAAGCAAAAAUGCCACCCAAGAGCUGUGAUGGCCAUGGAUUCUUAUUGGUCAGAGAGCUAAAACCUUCAGGAUUAGACACCUUGUUGGGUGCAGCCAGUGAUUCAGACAGUGAUGUCACUGUGGAUUUCACAGAGGAACAAUCACCAUCACCUGGACAUUGGGCUUUAAGUGCCACUCAGGAUUUCUCUAGAGCCAUACAUAAUUAGUAUGGUGCUAACUAAUUCGAAGACCUUUCACUGGUGUCUUAGAAAUUAGAAAUUGUUCAUUGAAUGGUUAUAGUAAUGCCUGACUUUUAAGUUACCUAAAUUGCCAUUUCUAAAAAUAUGCUAUGUGUAAAAAUAAAGCCAUUUGGGAAAUGAUGUGAAUAAUUUGGGAGAUCACUCUAAGUUUGUCUGCUUAACUGUUAUAGCCAUUGGUCGGGAGGGAUGAAGGCAGCAUCGGCAUAACUUGAACAUAAAUAAACCACCCAUCAGUGAGGUAGUUAAGCUGCUGGGUGAAGUUUCAUAACCUGCAAUUUGAGAAAUAAACUGCUGACUGACUUCUUAAGUUUGUAGAAUUCAUGUGAUGUGGGAUAUGAUAUCAGUAAGAAGGUGUGAAGUAGGACAAACACAUUUGAAAGAGAAAUAUUAUAAAAAUAAAGAAAAUAUAAA